GCUAGCCACUGGGCAAGUAAACAUUGAACUUUCAACUCAUCAGCUCAAAAGUCAUGGCGGGUGAAAACGAAGAAAACAUAACAACGAAUGAAGAAAGUACUCGUCUAGACAAACUGCGUAAUCGAGUAAAACAGUAUAUAGAUAAGCACCAGUAUGAAAGUGCUGUGUUUUGGGCCGAUAAAGUGGUCACAAUUUCAAAAGAUGCAUUGGCAGAUGUGUACAUGCAUGCUCAGGCAUUGUACCUCACCAAGCAAUACCACCGUGCUGCUCAUGUACUGAAAUCACGCGACCUACACAAGUGUGAGGCUGCAUGCAAAUUCCUAGUAGCCAAGUGUCAUGUUGAGGUGAAAGAAUUUCAAGAAGCCUUGGAUAUUUUAGAAGGGGCUGAUGAAGUCUGGAAAACACCAAACCGAGGUGUUGUAACUUCCAAUAAGACAAUCUACACCAGUCAACUUCAAGUUACUAAUGUUGGUAGCAGUAUUAACCUUCUAAAAGGCAAGAUCUUUGAAUCAUUGGAGAAUCGAUUACAGGCAACUGAGCAUUACCGCGAGGCCCUCAAGCAGGAUGUUUAUUGCUACGAGGCAUUUGAAUUGCUUGUAAAACACCAGAUGUUAUCUUGUGAAGAAGAGCGACAGCUGAUUGACAGUUUGCCAUUUAAUUCACAGUGCAGCGAUGAGGAAGCUGCCAUCGUGAGGGCAGUGUACAUGAGUAUUUUAAAGAAGUAUGAUAAACCAUCUCCAUUGGUAACACCUGAUGCACUAGUACCAUUGAAACAAAAUCUUGAUAUUAUCACAAGUCAAGCAGAACGUUACUACUAUCACUCUGACUUCAGAAGUACAUACGCUAUUACUAGCAGAGUGUUAGAAACAGAUCCUUUCCACUCAACUUGUUUACCUCUUCAUAUAGCAACCUUAGUUGAGCUACAGAAAUCAAAUGAAUUAUUUUAUUUAGGUCACCGGUUAGUUGACCUCUACCCUUGUAAAGCUGUUGCCUGGUUCGCUGUUGGUUGCUACUAUUUUUUAGUGGGAAAACAGGAUGCAGCCCGGCGAUUUUUAAGUAAAGCCACCAGCUUGGAUCACCUGUAUGGUCCUGCAUGGUUGGCCUUUGGACAUUCAUUUGCUAUCCAAGGAGAACAUGACCAAGCAAUGGCUGCCUACUUUACAGCAUCUCAGCUAAUGAAAGGGUGUCAUCUUCCUGUGCUGUACGUAGGCUUAGAGCAAGGCCUCACCAAUAACCCCCAGCUAGCUGAGAAGUUCUUCAGCCAAGCCUUGUCCAUCGCGCCUUCAGAUCCCUUUGUCCUGCAUGAGAUGGGAGUGGUAGCGUACCAGAGCGGCAAUUGGUCAAAAGCUGAGAAAUAUUUCUUGGAAGCAAUUGUUGAACUGCAGGGUCUUGGUGAAGGCGCUCUGUCGGAAAAAUGGGAGCCAAUCCUAAAUAAUCUAGGCCAUGUGUGUCGUAAAUUAGGAAAGUAUGAUGAAGCGCUUGGCUAUCAUCAACGUGCAUUAGUGCUCUCUCCUCAGAAUCCUUCAACCUUUGCAUCAAUUGGCUUCGUUUACUGCUUACAAGCAAAUUUCAACACCGCUAUCGACUAUUUUCAUAAGGCACUAGGAUUAAGGCGUGAUGAUACUUUUUCCGUUACGAUGCUAACUCAUGUGAUUGAGCAGAGUAUAUGUGACAUGCCGGCUUGUGAAGGUGCUGAGGAUUUAUGCGACUUACCAAACUUGUCAUUAAAGGACACUUCAACACUAUCUCAGGGCUCGUUAAAACUGGAGAGGACGCCCCAAAAUGAUUCCAGUUUGGAUAUUGAAAUUGAAAUGGACUUAUAACAUGCUGUUUAAGGGAAUUACGUGAACUUCAU